UUGUUUGGUUAUCUCAGUUACUUUCUGAAUCUUAAUAAUAGCUUCAGUAUAAAUUACUUGCUUGGUUAGUAAACAAUAAACAUAGACAUGGGAAGCACAGAAAUAACAAACUAGAUGAUCUAAAGGUAAUAAAAUUGCUUGUAAUAUUGAUGUUCCUUGUGCAUGGAAAUUAGAAUUGGAACUGAAUGAUGUCAAUUGAGCUCAAAGUCAUUUAGAAUUACUGGUUAAUCCAUACAAGUUUAUUUUACCUGAAACUGGACCGUUAUUCUUUCGAUCUUUGCGUUCUUUUCACAAUUUGGGAUAAACUUUGAACUUCCUUUUCAAAGCAAGGCAGGCAGGGAGAUAUGUAAGUGAAGUUCUGAAGUGUAAAUUUUCAUCUCAGAAUAUCAACCUUCUUUCUGAAAUAGUGUGCGAACCUUGGUGCAAUUUUAAUAUUGCUUCAUAUGAACAAGAGGAAAUGAAUUUCAAGGGAGGUGAUAUAUGGAAUUAGAAGUUUCCUUUGGGUUGCUGUAAGUUUGUUGUUCUUUGUUCGUUCUAAAAUCUUUGUUUGGUGAAGCUACAGUGUUCGUGAAUCUAUGCAAUGCUUCUGAUAAAAAUGUUGUCUCAUCAAAAGAUGCACGGAACUUUGGGGAUGUAUAAUCUGCUUCCUUUCAAGGAAAUAUCUGUAACAACUCAUCAACCGCAGAAACAUCCAUCCUCGCCAAUGCCUGCUUCACCCACUCAACAAUCCUUGCAGCCUCCCUGCUCACCUUCUCCGCCUCCAUCGCCUCUUCAGCUCCAGCUGCUACUCCUUCAACGAAAAAGUACUGAAAUCUGUAAAUUUGAGGAGUGCAAGGAUUUGCUCAGGAACAUAUACCCAUUUAUUUACACUCUGGGGACAUAUUUAAAGCCAUAUGUGUUACAAUUUAUCAAGUUUUGCUUGACAUGAUAUAAUAUGAUUGAGGAAUGUAUACAUUUGACUAUGAG